AUGUCUGCAUCCGGUGUACGGAUUGUGAAUGCCAAUCGGGAGCGCAUUUACAAGGCAUCAUUGUCACUUUCCGGAUGCGGGUUUCUUUCCAUAUAUCAUGCUGGUGUAUGUGCAGCUAUUAAAGAAUAUGCUCCACAGCUGCUUCAAAAUCGAAUUUCUGGUGCCUCUGCCGGAUCUAUCAUCGCUGCAGGUGUUAUCUGUAAUGUGUGCAUUUCUCAUGCUGCGAGAUUCUUUCUCAGCGUCGUUUCUGAAAUAAGAUCAUAUACAUUUGGUGUUCUAAAUCGAGAUUUUGACUUGAUGAAAAUGGUGCGGACGAAACUAAAUGUUAUCUUACCAGCUAAUGCUCAUGAACUUUGUACUGGUCGGUUGAGGAUUUCGGUAACUCGAUUCCGUGACAUGGAAAAUGUGAUAUUGGAUGAAUUUUGCACCAAAGAUGAACUCAUCGAUGCAAUUUGUUGUAGCUGUUUUAUUCCUGUAUACGGUGGCUUUGUUUAUCCAACAUUCCGAGAUGAAAUUUACAUCGAUGGUGGUGCUAGUGAUAACCAGCCGGUUACUGACACUGAUACCAUCACAGUUUCGCCAUUUUCGGGUGAAUCUGACAUUUGUCCAACAGACGAAGAAAGUGCAAGCUUAUUUGAAUGGAAUUUUGCUGGAACUUCUAUUCGAUUGACAGCAAAUAAUUUAUAUCGCGCUGCUUUAUGUCUUUUCCCUCCAUCUGCUGAGGAAUGCGCAUCCAUGUGUCGAAGUGGUUUCAAUGAUGCCUUGAAAUUUCUUGUUAAUAAUGGAUUCACAUCAAAUGCAAUUUGUAUUUCGGUCGACAUUGAUUUAUUAACCAACUUCAACCAAACAAGUGAAGCAGUUGAUGCCGCGGUGCCAUCAAACUCUGCAAUUUUCAAGAAAAGUUAUCAGAAUGAAGAAAUAGCUGGAUAUAUUGAUGCUAUUCUUGCAACGAAGACUACUCAGUUACCGCACUCGAUGCAGAGCGCAUUAAUGGAAACAAUGAAAAAGAAUUGGUUUUUGGAUUACAUUCGUUCAUUUCGAGUUAUUCAGUUAGCUCACUAUAUGACAUUUCCCCUAACUGUGGCAUAUCAAUGGUUCAAAUUUUGUCUUUGCUUAAGUACUUGGCUCACUGUGCGAAUUACCAGACAUAUGACAGAGGACUGGCACAGUGUGCAGGUGAAGCGCAUCCUCGAUUUCAUUCUGAAUGAGAUUCAUGUGCAGGAAGCGGAAGUUUCUGCUAGACUUAGCCAACAGUUAGCAAUUACUGAAGUUCACUUCUAUGGAACUAAUCAACAUCCUGUUGUUCGAGAACAACUUAAUGUUAACUUGUCAUCAGAAGCUAUCAAAGAGAAAGAAGUAUUGGGAUUCAUGGAUAGAUUGUUAUCGAAAACAACAUUAUCAUGUGUUAAGGUUUGUGGUUUGCUAGAUAUGAAGACAGAAUAA